AUUCCUCUUUCUGAUAGUUCAUUAUUAAUAUAUGGAAAUAUAACAGGUUUUUGUGUAUUGAUUUUGUAUCCCACAACCUUACUGAAUUCAUUUAUUACAGUUAGCAGUUUUCUGAUGAAAUCUUUAAGGUGUUCUUCUGUAUAUAUGUAUAUAUAUCGUGUCAUCUGCAAGUAGUGACACUUACUUCAUUUUCAGUUUAGAUGACUUUUUUUUUCUUACCUAGUUUCUGUGGCUUGGAGUUCCAGUACUACAUUGAAUAAAAAUGGCAAGAGUGUGCAUCCUUGUUCUGUUACUGAUUUUAGAGGAAAAGCUUUCAGUUUUUCACUAUUGAGUAUGAUGUUAGCUGUGGGCUUGUCAUAUAUGGCCUUUAUUAUGUAAAGGUAUGUUUGCCUCUGUAUCUGCUUUGUUGAGAGUUUUUAUUGUAAAUGGAUGUUGAACUUUGUCAGAUUCUUUUCCUGCAUCUAUUGAGAUAAUUACACGAUUUUUAUCCUUCGGUUUGUUAAUAUGUAUCACAUUGACUGAUUUGCAGGUGUUGAACCAUCCUUGGAUCCCUGGAAUAAAUCCCACUUGAUCAUGGUAUAUGGUUCUUUUAAUGUAUUAUUGUUGAAUUUUUCAGUUUGCAAGUAUUUUGUUGAGGAUUUUUACAUAUAUGCUCAUCAGGGAUAUUGACCUAUAAUUUUCUUUUCUUGUGGCAUUCUCGUCUCAUUUUGGUAAUUGAUCCAAUUUAUUGGCAAUAAUAGAGUCCCCAGCUAUUACUAUAUUGCUGUCUUAUUUUUCCUCUAUAAGUCUGUUAAUAUUUUCUUUAUAUAUUUCGGUGCUCCUAUGUUGGAUGCAUAAGUAUUUAUAAAUAUUAUAUCUUCUGGUUGACCUUUUUAUCAUUGUGUAAAACUCUUAUUUGUCUGUUAUCACAGUCUGUUUUAAAGUCUAUUUUGCCUGAGAUAAGUAGAGCUACCCCACCUUUGGUUUACAUUUGUAUGGAAAAUCCCUUGUUCCAUCCUUCUUUUUCAGUCUGUGAGUCUAUGAUAGUUAGUGUAUAGAUGGUUCUUGUUUUUUUUUAUCCAUUCAUCCACUCUAUAUCUUUUGAUUGGAGCAUUUAGCCCAUUUACAUUUAAAGUAAUUACAGAGAGGUAUAUGUUUAUUGCCAUUUUGUUAAAUUGUUUUCUGGCAGUUUUUGUAAGUUCCUCUCUGUUCCUUUCUUCUCUUGCUCUUUUCCUUUGUGGUUUGAUUACUUUCUUUAAUGGUAAGCUUAUAUUCCUUUCUCUGUAUCUUUUGUGUAUUUACUAUAGGUUUUUGAUUAGUGGUUACCAUGAGGCUUGCAUAUAAUAACUUCUGUCUAUAAACAGUCUGUUUUAAGUUGAUAACAACUUAAGUCUGAUCCCAUUGUAGAGCUCAACAUUAUUACUGUUCCCACCCACAUUUUGUUUUCGAAGUCACGUUUUACAUUUCUUUAUCUUCUGUAUCCCAUAACUAAAUAUUGCAGUUUUAGUUCCUUUUAUUACUUUUGUCUUUUAACCUUCUUAGUAGCUUUAGAAGUAAUUAAUCCACUACCAAAAAAGAAGUAACUAAUCCCCUACCUUUACUGUGUGUUUAUUUUUUCAGUGAGAUGUAUUCUUUCAUAUGUGUUCUUGUUAUUAAUUAGUGCCCUUUCUUUUCAGCUUAAAGAAGUCCCUUUAACAUUUCUUGUAAAGCCAGUUUAGUGGUGAUAAACUUCUUUAGCUUUUGUUUGUCUGGAAAAUUUUUUAUCCACUUCUAAACAGUAACUUUGCUGUGUAGAGUAUUCAAAGUCAAAAGAAUUUUCAGCACUUUGAAUAUAUGGUGUCCUCUCUUCUGGCCUGUGCAGUUUCUGCUGAAAGGUAUGAUGGCCUUAUGGGGUUUCCCUUGUAAUAGCAAGUUGUUUUUCUCUUGUCAGAGAGAGAGAGUCAGAGACAGAGAGGGAGACAGAGGAUGCAAAGCACGCUCCGCGCUGACAGCUUAGAGCCUGAUGCAGGGCUUGAACUCAGGAACUGUGAGAUCAUGACCUGAGCCAAAGUCAGAUGCUCAACCAACUGAGCCACCCCUUCCCUUGUUGCUUUUAAUAUUCUAUACUUGUUUUUAUCUUUUGACAUUGUAAUUGUAAUGUGUCUUGGCAUGGGUCUCUUUGGGUUUCUCUCUUUUUUUUUUUUUUUUUUAAUAUAAUUUAUUGUCAAACUGGCUAACAUACAGUGUGUAAAGUGUGCUCUUGGUGUUAGGGGUAGAUUUCCGUGGUUCAUUGCUUACAUACAACACCCAGUGCUCAUUCCAACAAGUGCCCUCCUCGAUGCCCAUCUCCCAUUUGCCCCUCUCCCCACCCCCCAUCCACCCUCAGUUUGUUCUCUGUAUUUGAGAGUCUCUUAUGGUUUACCUCCCUCUCUCUCUGUUUGUAACUAUUUUUUUCCCCUUCCCUUCCCCCAUGGUCUUCUGUUAAGUUUCUCAAGAUCUGCAUAUGAGUGAAAACGUAUGAUAUCUCUCCUUCUCUGACUGACUUAUUUCACUCAGCAUAAUGCCUUUCAGUUCCAUCCACAUUGCUGCAAAUGGCAUGAUUUCAUUCUUUCUCAUUGCCAAGUAGUAUUCCAUCAUAUAUAUAUAAACCACAUCUUUCAGCACAGAGCCCUUUGCAGGGCUUGAACUCCUGAACUGUAAGAGCAUGACCUGAGCCUAAGAGCCACUCAGGCACCUUAUAAACCACAUCUUCUUUAUCCAUUCAUCAGUUCAUGGGCAUUUAGGCUCUUUCCAUAAUUUGGCUAUUGUUGAAAGCACUGCUGUAAACAUUGGGGUACAUGUGCCCCUAUGAAUCAACACUCCUGUAUCCCUUGGAUAAAUUACUGGUGCAAUUGCUGGGUCGUAAGAUAGUUUUAUUUUUAAUUUUUUGAGGAACCUCCACACUGUUUUCCAGAGUGGCUGCACCAGUUUGCAUUCCCACCAACAGUGCACAAGGGUUCCCAUUUCUCCACAUCCUCUUCAGCAUCUGCUGUUUCCUGAGUUGUUGAUAUUAGCCACUCUGACAGUGUGAGGUGGUAUCUCAGUCUGUUUCCCUGAUGAUAAGUGACAUUGAGCAUCUUUUCAUGUGUCUGUUGGCCAUCUGGAUGUCUUCUUUGGAAAAGUGUCUAUUCAUGUCUUCUGCCGGUUUCUUCACUAGAUUGUUUGUUUUUCAGGUAUUAAGUUUGGAGAAAUUGUCGUAAAUGAAGUCAACUUUGUGAGAAAAUGUAUUGCAACAGACACAAGUCAGUACGAUCUGUGGGGAAAGCUGAUCUGCAGUAACUUCAAAAUUUCCUUUAUUACGGAUGACCCAAUGCCAUUACAGAAAUUCCAUUACAGAAAUCUUCUUCUUGGUGAGCAUGAUGUCCCUUUAACAUGUAUUGAGCAAAUUGUCACAGUAAAUGACCACAAGAGGAAGCAGAAAGUCCUAGGUCCCAACCAGAAACUGAAAUUUAAUCCAACAGAGUUAAUUAUUUACUGUAAAGAUUUCAGAAUUGUCAGAUUUCGCUUUGAUGAAUCGGGUCCUGAAAGUGCCAAAAAGGUAUGCCUUGCAAUAGCUCAUUAUUCCCAGCCAACAGACCUCCAGCUACUCUUUGCAUUUGAAUAUGUUGGGAAAAAAUACCACAAUUCAGCCAAUAAUAUUAAUGGAAUACCCUCAGGAGGCGGCAGCGGGGCCGGUGGUGGCAGCAGCCAAAAGACUCCACUCUUCGAGACGUACUCAGACUGGGACCGAGAAAUCAAGAGGACGGGGGCUUCCGGAUGGAGAGUUUGUUCUAUUAAUGAGGGUUACAUGAUAUCCACUUGCCUUCCAGAAUACUUUGUAGUGCCAAGUUCUUUAGCCGACCAAGAUCUAAAGAUCUUUUCCCAUUCUUUUGUUGGAAGAAGGAUGCCCUUCUGGUGCUGGAGCCACUCAAAUGGCAGUGCCCUCGUGCGAAUGGCCCUCAUAAAAGAUGUGCUGCAGCAGAGGAAAAUCGACCAGAGGAUUUGUAAUGCAAUAACUAAAAGUCAUCCACAGAGAAGUGAUGUUUACAAAUCAGACUUGGAUAAGACCUUGCCCAAUAUCCAAGAAAUACAGGCGGCUUUUGUAAAACUUAAACACCUAUGCGUUGAUGAGCCUUUUGAAGAAACUGAAGAGAAAUGGUUGUCUUCACUGGAAAAUACUCGGUGGUUAGAAUAUGUAAGGGCAUUCCUUAAACAUGCAGCAGAACUCGUGUAUGUGCUAGAAAGCAAGCGUCUCUCUAUAGUCCUGCAAGAGGAGGAGGGAAGAGACUUGAGCUGUAUGGUAGCUUCUCUUGUUCAAGUGAUGCUGGAUCCCCAUUUUAGGACAAUUACUGGAUUUCAGAGUCUCAUCCAGAAGGAGUGGGUCAUGGCCGGAUAUCAGUUCCUGGACAGGUGCAACCACUUAAAGCGAUCGGAGAAAGAGUCUCCCUUAUUUUUGCUGUUCUUGGAUGCCACGUGGCAGCUGUUAGAACAAUACCCAGCGGCCUUCGAGUUCUCAGAGACCUACUUGGCUAUACUGUACGACAGCACCCACAUCUCCCUGUUUGGCACCUUCCUGUUCAACUCUCCUCACCAGCGGGUGAAACAAAGCACGGAAUUUGCUAUAAGCAAAAAUAUCCAGCUGGGUGACGAAAAGGGUUUAAAAUUCCCCUCAGUUUGGGACUGGUCUCUUCAGUUUACAGCAAAGGAUCGCACCCUAUUCCAUAACCCCUUGUACAUCGGAAAGAGCACACCCUGUGUACAGAACGGUUCUGUGAAGGCUUUCAAACGGACAAAGAAAGGCUACAGCUCCACACUGAGGGGAAUGCCAACUUCCUUGAAGAACGGGAUCGUCACCGACCAGGACCUGGUGCCGAGGCGAAACUCCCUGAUCCUGAAAGGAAAGCCGGAGCCGCUUCCGCAGCCCGGCGACCAGGCCCGUGGCGCAGAGCAGUAUCUCCGAGAGUGGUUCUCCCGGCCGGUGGACCUGCAUGGCGCCCUUCUGCCGCACGUCUCCGGGACGCAUGUCAAACUCUGGAAGCUGUGCUACUUCCGCUGGGUCCCCGAAGCCCAGAUCAGCCUCGGGGGCUUCAUCACCGCCUUCCACAGGCUGUCCUUGCUGGCCGACGAGGUGGACGUGCUCCGCAGGACGCUGCAGCAGCACCGGGCCGGCCCUCCGGAGGCCCGCUGCCCGGAGCCUGACCAGAGCCGGAUGUACUUCCGGGUGGGCGGCCCACAGGCGGCGGGGACGCCAGAGUUCCUGUCUUCAUCGUUCCCCUUCUCUCCCGUGGGCAACCUUUGCCGGCGGAGCAUUUCGGGAACGCCGCUGAGCAAGUUCUUGAGUGGGGCCAAAAUCUGGUUAUCUACCGAGACGCUAGCAAACGAAGACUAACACACCCGUUUUCUGAACGUUUUGAGGGGAGCCAUAAACCGGCUUCCUCUGAAUCAGAAUUGCUAACCUAGGCAUCAGAGGCUCUAAAAAUUUUACGUGUCGGAAUAAUAGUUGAAAUUUGCACUAAUAUUUAAAAACAAGUCGAGUUAACACUUCCUCACAAUUCUUUUUUAAAAGACCUUUUCUUUUUUAUGUCCUCUUUCUGUCAUUUUCAGUCUGGCCCAGUUUCGGGUGAUCUGUAGGCAGACAUUCUCCUAUUUUUACUACUGUGAGCAAACAAAUCAGGUUUUGUCUGUGACGUUUAUUUUGUCUGCAUCCACUUUCUCCCACCAGCCACUAAAGGUUGCCUGAUCCUCAGCCUGGCACCCCAAAGAAACAGAGGUCAGGAAAGUUAAGAAAUUAACAUUUAGUCUAUUUUCAAGAGCAUCUGGUCAGCUCUAAUAGGUAUCAAUGUAUUUUUCUGGUCACUUUCUAUUCUAAUUGAACUCACCUGAGGGUUCAGUGUUCCAAGGCUAUUAUUUAUUUUAGAUCACCUUGUUUGGGACCGUAGAUCACUGUGUUUUAAAACCAUGAGUUUGCUGUUAACUUCCCAGGACUAACUUUAAAAUGAUAUGCACUGCUGACUUUAAAAGCAUUUGCUAUAGAUAAUAUAAACUUAGAAGUGCCUUUGACAUUGAGGUAUGCAUAACACAAAGUAAAACACAGUUUUCAGUUUUUAAAAUCAGGGUGUUAACCUACAUAUUGGUAAUGGGCUUGUCACUGCUGAGCUUCAUACCAAUAGCCAGGAGUCCCCCAAACCACAUUUCCUUUCCUCUGAAAGUCAGCGAGGACACAGCGGGCCUGUGGGGUGGUCGGUGUGGGUGUGACAGCGGCAGGAGCCAUUGCUGUCGGCACCGAAGCCCACCCUCCAAAACAGAGGGCUGUUGAGAGGGAUUUGGGUGUUUGCUGCCCGUAUUUCCAGUCUGGUAAACUGUUGUUGGCACUUUACCUUGGAAAUAACUAAUGAGUCGGGUCACCUGCACAGAGGUCCCUCCUCCCGCCCACACAGUUCUUAGUGGUUAGGUUUAGCCAACAGGAGAAAUAAAGUGUACUUCACUCAAAAUACUGCCAUUUUAAUAUUGAGGGAAAACCCUCCCCUCCCCCCGCCCCCGACCUCUGACAGCGGUAUUGACAGGGAGAAGGUGUGUUCUGCGUCAGACUGUGGCGGGAACCCAGCCAAAGCUGUGGGGUCGGAGCUGAAGCUUGUUAGGGCGACUGGCAGUCAGCACCAUCCCCCUCCUCCCCACCCCCCUCCUCCUCUGCCCACCCUGUUCCCUGUUUACAGGAUGGAUGUUUUCAGAUUGGGCUGUUAGUUUCUUAAACUGCCAUCUUAAGCUUCAGAAAAGUUUUAUAGUGAAGUGGCUAGCUUCUAAAACAAGUUUUUUCAAAGCGUGUUUUACCUUUAUGUGUAAUGAAUAGCUGUUUCAAAAUGUCUGAAUUAUUUUCCUUUUUAAAGUUGAUGUCUCUGGACCUAAAGGGACAGAAGUUCUUACACAGUGUCUUAGGAAAUUUGUCUUCUGGAUCAACCCAGUUUUUUCAGCUUGUUGCCUAGAAAAUAAGGGCUUUUUUCACCUUAUAUAAAUAAAUAGCACUAUUGCCAUUAAACAUUUUAUACUACUUGAUUGGAAACCGGUCUCAAUCCCCUUAAAGUCCCACAGCAUAUCCUGCUAUUGAAAGUGUGAUAAUUCUCCCUCUUUGAUUAAACUGCCUUUUUAUUACAAAUAAUUCUAAAUUGGCAGGGGGGGGUGGGGUCUGGGAGUGGUUGUUGAGCAUUUAUUUCUAAUUCUCUUCCCUCACACAUUUAUUUCAACUCCUUUAGUGAUUUUUUUU